UCUCAUCACCAUCAAACAUCACCGACGAAACAUCCGAGGAGGCUUGCAUUGGAUUCCUCCCUGGAGACGAGAGGAACUGCCUCAACUCCACGCUGUUCCUCAGCACUGGAUGCGCCGCGAGACGAAGGAAGUAUCUCUCGAGCUCGUGGACGCGAUUGCUCACAAAGUCCUGCGUCUGGACGAGCUGGACGUUCUUGUCCGGCCUGGGAGGGAUGAAGUAGCCUUUGUAGAUCUCUCCCAGCUGGUCCGCCAGCGCCACCACCUCGCGGAACCUCCUCCGGACGCUAAAGCUCGUGCCAAGGAACUCCGGAAGAUCGGUGUAGGUCGUGAAGAGAUACGCCACGAAAGUCCCGCCACUGCUGCCGUGAUCCUGCGUCUUCUGUGGAUCCGAGACGCUAAUCCGGAGAUAGUUCUUCUCCACUGCCCUCCCGGAUUCCUCCGGCUGCCUGGCGGCGUAUGGAGCGAACACCACAUCAGCGUAGCUUGGAGGCUCGAUCAGGAGCUCGGGCCUCCCGGAUGGACUCCGAAAGCUCCUGGACGAUUCUUUCCGGCGUGUCAUCGCCCCAUUCUCUGGCGAUUCCUGCGAGCUCGAUUCGCGGAGGAGCGGUGUCGCCGUGGACGCUGCUUCCAGCGACACGGUCUCCAUCUCGUCGUCCAUGAGAGGGAAGAGCUGAUCCAUCAUCCUUGUCGCAAGAAUCUCGCUAGAGCAUCCUUGGAGUGGAAUUUCCUAGCUGAGAAGAGAGAGCGCCUCACCUGGAUCGAGCAAGAAGAGCUAUGGCCAACCCCUAACCCUAGAGAAAAAUCCAUGAGGCAUUUGCCUUUAGUAAAAAAGAAACCAUCGCUGCUAUUUACAAAGAAGGUCUGGAAGAGAUUUUGGGGCAGCGCCGCGCAAGAAUGCGACGAUGGAGACCUCGAUCUGGACGCGAUGCCGCUGGAAUCCGCCAUCGCAUCGCUCGAAUCGCAGCGCUUCUCUCCCCAAUCGCAGGAUUUCAAGGCGCUGCUCCGGCGCUGUACGUGGUCGCGCUCGCUGGAGCUCGGCCGGCGCCUCCACCGCCAGAUGGAGGAGCUCGGCUGGAUCCACAACAGGUUCCUGUGCAAUCUCCUUAUCGAUCUCUACACCAAGUGCGAUCGAUUCGACGACGCGCUGGCGGUGUUCCACGGCAUCCAGAGCAAGAACGUCUUUAGCUGGACGAUGAUGCUCGUGGCGUUCGCCGAGAAUCGGGAUUUCGAUCGCUGCUGGCUCUUCUUCCGCGGGAUGCUGCUCCAGGGGAUCAAUCCCGGCGAGGUAGGGAUCAGCAUCUUCCUCUCGGCGUGCACGGACGCCCGCGAGAUUACGAUCGGUCGCUCCAUCCAGCUCGCGAUCCUAGGCACUGGCAUCGAGGAGGAGUCGAUCGUCCAGACGGCGCUGGUGAGCAUGUACGGCAAGCUUGGCCACUGUACGGAUGCGGCCAGCGUGUUCUUGAGGAUGAGCCACAGGGACGUGGUGGCUUGGAGCGCCAUGGUCGCAGCAUAUGCCCGGAAUGGGCAUCCUAGAGAGGCACUGGGUUUGUUUCGCCAGAUGGAUCUCGAUGGAGUGGCUCCAAACAAAGUGACGCUGGUGAGCGGGCUGGAUGCCUGUGCGUCGUUGGGCGAUUUGAGGAGUGGCGCUUUGAUGCAUCAGCGAGUAGAAGCGCAAGGGAUCCAAUCCGGAGUGGUGGUCGGGACUGCGCUGGUGAAUUUGUAUGGGAAGUGUGGCAGGAUCGAGGCUGCUGUGGAGGCGUUUGGACAGAUUGUUGAGAAGAAUGUGGUGGCGUGGUCUGCUAUCUCGGCAGCGUAUGCCCGCAACGAUCGUAACAGGGACGCGAUCCGGGUGCUUCACAGGAUGGACUUGGAGGGGCUGGUACCGAAUUCUACGACGUUUGUGAGCGUCCUGGAUGCUUGUGCUGCGAUCGCGGCUCUAAAGCAAGGAAGAAGGAUUCACGAGAGGACACAGGUGCUGGGAGGCGGAUUGGAGUCGGAUGUUUACGUUCUUACUGCGCUCGUCAACAUGUAUAGCAAGUGUGGGAACUUGGCUCUAGCGGGGGACAUGUUUGACAAGAUCGCUCACUUGGAUCUCGUGCUGUGGAACUCGCUCAUCGCGACGAAUGCCCAGCACGGGCAAACCGAGAAGGCACUGGAGCUGUUUGAGAGAAUGCGGCUAGAGGGCCUCCAGCCGACAAUCAUCACUUUCACGAGCGUGCUCUUCGCUUGCAGCCACGCCGGAAUGCUAGAUCAAGGCAGGAAGCACUUCGUUUCCUUCAUCGGCGACCACGGGAUUUUUCCCGAAGCCGAGCACUUUGGCUGCAUGGUGGAUCUUCUCGGUCGAGCAGGCUGGAUCGUAGACUCGGAGGAUCUGCUGCUCCAUAUGCCGUUUGAGCCACAUCCCGUGGCAUGGAUGGCGUUCUUGGGAGCUUGCAGAACUUACCGGAAUAUGGACCGAGCAAUCUGGGCUGCCGAGAACUUGUUUCAGCUGGAUCCAAGGAAACGAGCUCCGUACGUGCUUCUGUCCAACAUGUACGCGAAGGCUGGAAGAUGGUCCGACGUUGCAAGGAUGAGGCAAGCAAUGCAGCUCUUCAUGACCGUGAAAGAAGCAGGGAGGAGCUGGAUCGAAGUGAAAGACCGGGUGCACGAGUUUAUCUCGGGGGACUUGGACCAUCCUCGGAUAGGCGAGAUACACGCCGAGCUCCAGCGACUGACAAAGCUGAUGAAAGAGGCCGGUUACGUCCCCGACACCGAGAUGGUCCUCCACGACGUGAAACAGGAGGUGAAAGAGAUCAUGGUCGGGUAUCACAGCGAGAAGCUGGCGAUGGCGUUUGCUCUCCUCACCACCCCUGAAGGGUCACCGAUUCGCGUGGUGAAGAACCUGCGAGUGUGCAACGACUGCCACACUGCCUCGAAGUUCAUCUCCAAGCUUGUCAACCGGGAGAUCGUGGUGAGGGACUGCAACAGGUUUCACAGGUUCCAGAAUGGAGCGUGUUCUUGCGGAGACUACUGGUGAUCGACCGGAGAGCUAUCACAGCUUAGGACAUUGGAGAGCAAGGAAUACGUUGCCGGCCUCCAAGAGUUCAGCUGGAGCAGUAUCUCCGCGACUCGGCUGCCUCUUUCGGCAUC